AUGGCUAUUGUUUUGCAUUAUGUCGAUAGUAUUGGCUUUGUGAAAGAAAGAUUCAUAGGACUAGUGCAUGUGAAGGAUACAUCUUCUUUGACACUCAAAAACGCCAUAAAUGAAGUACUUACAAGUAAUAAAUUGAGUUUUAGUCAGAAGAAAAGACUUACUACGAGAGCAAGUAAGAGAAGGGUGCAAAAAUGCUUGUGUAGUGGUGAACUUGAAACCGGAAGAGUUUUAGAUUUUGUGAAAGAGGAGGGAGGGUCAUUGGCAAAGCGUCAACAAGCAUAUGGAAUCUUAAUAUAUUUUAAAUCCUAUGAGUUCGUGUUUUACUUACAUAUGAUGUAUGCCAUUUUACACCUCAUGGGUACAUUGUCAAAGCAACUUCAAAGAAUAGAUCUAGACAUUUUAGAAGCGGCUUCGAUGGUUAAAGGGACAAUGGAGGCAUUGCAAUCUUUUAGAAACAUAGGGUUUGCUAGCAUUUUGCCAAAAGUAUCCUCUUUUUGUCAAACACACAAAUUUGAUAAUUUAGAUAUGGAAGAGUUGUAUAUUGGUGCGAGAAACCGUGGGACUACAAAGACUGAUAGGUUGCAUUUUGAGGUUGAAAUCUUCAACACGGUGGUAGAUAUGCAACUUACAGAAUAUUGGGAUCAAUUUAGUGAAACAAGCAUGCAAUUACUAGAAUACAUGGGUGCUUUGAGCCCUUGUGGUUCAUUUGCACAAUUUGACAAAUCAAAGUUAUUGAAGUUGGGUAAGUUAUACAAGUAUGAAUUUGAUGAUUCAGAUAUGAUAGACCUUGAAGGAUAA